AUGUUACCGUGUUCGGUCCGACGCGUGGUGUCGGCGGCGCCUCAGACUCCCAUCAUGGGGUCCGUAGGCGCCGUCGCGGCCGCCGCCGGUGCUCUUGCGUCCGCAGCAAGGGCAACUCGGCACCAGAGGCGAUACUCGUCCUCCAACCCGUCUAGCCCCGACAACGACCCCAAGGGUGUACCACCGUCCUCGUCCGACAGGUCCAUGCCCACCCAGACGUCAAAAUCUUCAUCGUCCAGCUCGGGCGGUGACAAGAGGAGGAGGAGGACUAAAGAGGCUGCAGAUCGCUCGUCGUUCAAGUCUCUGCCAUCUGUCCCCAGCACGCAACACCUCCCUCGCGAGUCCCUCGCUCUGUCGGCCUUUUUCUCCCUGCACCGCCCCAUGUCCAUCACCCACAGCCUCCCGAGGACAGUGACGGACGAUGCGUUUGCCUCCAUCUUCCUUCGCCGCGGUCGUGCCGAAAAGACUCAAGACGUCAUCUCGACCCUCUCAAAUACCGUGCACGAGCUGGAAAAGCCCAUGGGCAACCUUGGCCUCUCCCAUGGCGACGCUGAAGCUAACGAGGGCAUGCGAGAAAUCACGCUCAAGAACGCCGAUGGCAGCGACUCGGGCGUCUGCGUCCAGCUCAACGACAUGCUCGGUUCCAAGUUCCAACCCUUCUGCCCGCCUCCGCUCCCCAAGCCCGCCACCGCCGCCACGGAAGGCAGCUCCGCUGCCGCCGCCGAGACCGCCGAGGCUUCUGAGAGCAGCCAGGUCGAGCCGCAGCGUCGGCUGUACAAGGCCGUCCUGACGAUCGAGGAGACGGUGGACGAGAACGGUGAGAUCAAGUACGUGGCCCACAGCUCGGACUUGCUCGAGGACUCCCAGCAGCCACGGUCGUUCCUGGAGCGCAUGGCGGCGCGCCAGCUGCGCUUUGAGGACAGCCAGAGGCAACGGCAACAGGAUGGCAUGUGGGCCAUCAGCGUCAAGAGGCAGCGCAAGCUCAAGAUGAAGAAGAAGAAGUACAAGAAGCUGAUGAAGAAGACGCGCAACGAGAGGCGUAGGCUGCACCGCACCUAA